GUCAGAGCGGAGUGGGCCUACUCGGAGUGCAUGCGUGCAGCUUGAAGGUCAGCGUAGUUCUGCGUGACACUUUCCCACUGUGGGCUCCUCAUCUCGCUCUCCUUCACAGAGAGGGGCUUUUAGCAUUUGUUCAUUUUUUUCCCUCUCUCUCUCCCUAAAGCAGUCCCAGAUGCGCCACUUUGAGCGUGUGCGAGCUAGGGCGCGUCAGUGUGCAUUGCAUGAAAGUUUGAGGAGAGCUGUUUAGAAGGGGCUGGGCGAGAACUAAAGUUUGGAUUCUGCCUCUUUUUUUUUUUAAUAGAGAUUUUUUUUUUUUAGGUAUGAACGCAGAUACGUGUGUCUCAUACUGCGACAUGACCUCGAUGGAUGCGUAUUAUAGUCCGUCUGCCUCGCAAGGUAGGGAGCACCAGGCGAACCCUUUCAGGACUUUCGGCGUUUCCGACGCCAAAUACAGCCCCACGUUCGCGACGAAUAAAGGGCAGGGGUUCGGGGAGAAGUCCCGGAGUCCUUUCCAGACCGAGUGCCAGUCGCUGGACGGCGUGGAGGAAGAGGGACCCUUCCACAAGUACCAGCUCUUCAUGCACAGACCCACCUGCAAGACUCCACCCGAGGGCGGCAAGUUGCACACGGACGGCGGCCACAACGGCAUCCUACCAUGUUACGGAAAAGACAACAGCUUGACAGAGACCGAGCUGCCCUCCAGUGUGGACACCCCCGGGAUGGAAAGCAGCUACCUGAAUCUAAAGGAAGCCGGUGUAAAGGGGUCAGGCGAGCGUCCCAGCUCAGAUCUUUCUAGCCCUCUGGAUAAAAGCGAGGCAGAGAGCAACAAAGGCAAGAAGAGGCGCAAUCGCACUACGUUUACCAGCUACCAGCUGGAGGAGCUGGAGAAGGUUUUCCAGAAGACACACUACCCAGAUGUGUAUGCCCGUGAGCAGCUGGCACUGAGAACGGACCUGACGGAAGCUCGCGUUCAGGUGUGGUUCCAGAACCGCAGAGCCAAGUGGAGAAAGAGGGAGCGCUUUGGUCAGAUGCAACAGGUUCGAACGCACUUCUCCACGGCUUACGAGCUGCCUCUUCUAACUCGGCCUGAAAACUAUGCACAGAUUCAAAACCCUUCAUGGAUCGGCGGCACGAGUGCAGCCUCUCCAGUGCCGGGUUGUGUUGUUCCUUGUGAUACCGUCCCCCCGUGUAUGCCCCCUCACCCCCAUAGUCACGGAGGGGUCCCCGACUUUCUGGGCGUGCCUAGUCCAGGGAGCAGCCACAUGGGACAGACGCAGAUGAGCAGUCUAUUUGGGGGACCUGGAAUGGUCGGGGGGAUCAACGGCUACGAUCUCAACGUUGACCCAGACCGCAAGUCUUCCAGCAUAGCAGCACUGCGUAUGAAAGCCAAAGAGCACAGCGCCGCCAUUUCUUGGGCCACAUGAUGUUCCAACCAAGUCGCACCCCGCCUCCAUGAGCGCUGCGGGGGAGUUUUGCUGAGAGCACUAAUGAUAAGACAGGUCAAAAGAACAGGCGGAAAGCGUCCAGAUAGCCGAGAGCAUCUUAGCGGCCAUCACAAUGGAGAUAACAGCUGCGACAGUGACAAUCAGCAGAAACUGAAAGUUCCAAAAAGUAGAAGUGAAAAUCAGACCCAAGCGUUUAAUUCCUGUCCGUCUCAGGUUUUGGUGGCAUAGCUAUCAUUUUCAGUAAUGAUUAUUUUUUUCUUCCGCGUGACAACCCAGGCUGGAUGCAAUCGGCAAAUUUAAUGGAGCGCAAACAGAACUAGCCUGAAGCAAUUUACUGAGGGAGGAGAGCAGACAUUAGAUUUCCAGCCAACAUGUCAUUUGCUCCCACAGAGCAACCUCCACAGGUUCCCCUGUUAGGCCCAGCCUCAAGUUACAGGAAACUCCGUGUCUCCAGUGGUAGACAAGGCACAGCGGUAGCCUUCAACGCCAACUAGUCACGCCAACUUCCACCGGCACCCGACGCAACUAGUAGACACACUUAAUUAGCAUCAAAAUGAGCAUUUUUCCCUCGUGAACACCAAAGUGCAUCACAGAUGUUGUCAUGGCCAAGUUUUGGAUCAACACAUGGCGGAAACUGCGGACUGAAUUAGUGGGCCUGAUUGGCGAGUGGGAGAAUUUUGUAAUGUUUAGGUGGAGCGUAUACAUUGCAGUGGUGAGUGUGUUAUCAAACUUGUGAUUUGAAUGAAAUCUUGUCAUGACAUCAUUUACUUCUUGAUAGAGGGAUUGCAGUGGGUGAAUGUAUUUUGAUAUGACAUUUGGCAGAAGGCUUGUAUCACUUCUACAACUAAUCAAAUUUGAAUACUUGAUUGACUAUAUAGGAACUAGACAGAACUUUCAGUUUCUGAAUUCAAAUCAGGACGCAGUUCUAUUCCUAUUGAGGGCUCGAUUGUCUCGACCUCCCCGUGCUUUAAACUGCAGCUCGUUCCGUGAUGAUACUACUGAAAAGUUGUUUUGUGUGAAUGUAAACAGUAUGUAUGAUAUUAUUCUGUUGCUUGUGCAUUUGUUUUAUCUUUGUGUCAAAUAAUGGACCUCCAAAAUGCCAAACCGUUCAAGUAUUACAGUGAUAUUGCCAAAUAAUAUGUUGUGUUCAGCAUUAUUUCUAAAGAAAAUGUUGCUCUGGGCUUUUUAACUGUUGAAAUAGCUUUCUAAUUUUCUAAUGGCUUCAAGCUGUUUUUUUGUUAUUUUCUAAUAAUAACCAAUUAUUUCGACUUAUGGUAGUGACUUUAUAUAAUGUGCCAUUGCAAUAAGUUAUUGCACUUAAGAUUUUGAGAAUUGUGUGUUAAUACUUUCCACUGGGACAGAAGCCUCAUGUUGUUCCGGGUUGCAAAAAUGUUGCUUUAAGCCAUCCAUAUUUAGUACCGUGACAUCUGCUCAAGGUGCUGGAGAUGUGUUUGUUUGUACAGAGGUAUUGUUUUUCAUUUGUUGGAUUGAAGUGAAGAUGUAAUAAAAUCCCAAACAGCC